ACUGUCCUAUGAGGUUGCAUAACCAGUGACCCUCUAUCUGUACAGUAGUGAUCAGCCCUGUGCUGAUCACAUGCACUCUCCCAAAGAAAAAAAAAAAUCUCUAGCAAUACACACUAAAUUGAGCAUGCGCAGAGUGACUCCUAUAGCUCUGUACUAUCAGCAGAUGGAUUGGGGACAGAAGAAGGAUCAAACAGCCUUUUUACACAAUGCGGAGGAUUAACCCUCAGGUUCCACAGUGAAUAUGCUUUACUGCAUAUACAGACUGACUUCACUUU